UGACCGGAAUGGGAUGUUUCUUCUCCUUUAACUUCAACUUCUUUUUUAGCUUCGUCUUCGCCGUCUUUUUUCUUCUCUCCACCCUUCCACUCCCUUCCGAGCCUUUUUCUCAACUACCCCCUCCUCAUUCUUGCUCUUCAAUUUCUCUUUAAUACUCCCUCAGUCCCACUCCCACCCCUUCCUUCUUCAACAAACAGUUGCACUCUUUUCUCUCGCCUCAUUCUUCAUUUCCUAUUCUCAGGCACAAUCAUGUUCGCCCUCUCCACAACUACGUCUUCUACCUCUCCACAUGCAGCAGAGGCCCUUCUGAGUAAAGCAAGGCUACUCUCCAGCAACGCAUACGAGCGCUCUCGAGCUGCUGCAUCCUCGCCCGUACCGACAGCCUUUGCCGAGGGCGAAGACUUCAGUGCACUCUCUUCUUCAUCCCCCUUAAAAUCACACUCCCUCUGUCUCCCUCCCUCCACCGCUUCCCUUCACCAGCUCCACCGGAACUCCUUCAACGACCACAUCCGAGACCAUGGCCGCAAGCGCUCUUCCUACCAGAAACGGUCGUCUUCAUCCUCUGCCACCUCUCUCUCGGUAAAAACCAACAGCUCCUUAUCGACCGAUAAUAAUACCGCAGAUCAGCAGGAUCAGCAGGGGCAACAGGAACACCAGGAAUCGGCCGUUAAGCCCUUGCCCUUGUCCUUGCUCUUGACGGGCGACUCUCCCCCCCCAUCCCCGCAAAGCAACGACAAUAACAACAGCGGCAUCAACAACACUAUAGACGACGAGGACAAUGGCGCACAAACCUCUCCCUCGGCUUGUCCCACCACAUCAUCAUCCCCUAUGACGAGGCACUCUCUCACGAUCACAACAAGUCCGAGAGCCCUGUCCCUGGAAUCCAUUCAGGAACUUCGAGAGAACACAAAUGCACCCCUUUCUGCCGGUCCCAUGUCCUUGCUGCAUCAUCAACAUGCAUUAGAUACCCAUCGCAAAUACUAUAGCGACAGUAUCACCACCACUACCAGCAGUGGGCGCGUGCUUGGCGCUCUCGAGAUCUUGCGUGACAGUGAUGAAAGCCAUUCGCAUUCAGCGCCUUCAUUUUCUGGAUAUGGUGUUAGUGCGAAUGCUGCUCCCAUUGUCACCCAGGUACUAGUGCCGCCCGCCUUGCACAAGACUGUGCAGAGGACGAGAGCAGAGUCGACGCCGCCAGCACCCUUUCGUGUGACGAUAUCGGCGCCCUUGCAUGAACAGGCCAGUCAGGAUGCAGUGUCCCCAACAGCCCCAAGGAUAGAAACCUCGUUCACUAUCACUGAAGAAACUACUGUGGACCCUGUUGCGGCCAUCAUGCAUGCUUCCGAGACCACUGCUCCGGAGUCGCCCAAGGACCAGAAUGCCGACAGUUUGUUGACACCUACGAUGACAACCUUCAUGCCUCCGAGUCAGACCCUAUCUCCCGUCAGCACAAAUGCAACUCCAACCAAGGGAACAAAGAGGACCUCGAAACUGUUUGGUAAAUUGGUACCAAAGUUCCUGCAGACUUCUUCUCAUGGACCUUCGAGCGGCGGCGGUUCUUCGCCACGGUCUCCGAAUGCGGCUUCGGCUUCGCCGUCUCAGCUUUCUGUGGUGGGGUCACGUCAGGGUCGGUCGGCAAGCUUUGCGGGAGGUGCAUCGAGCCCGAUGAUGGCGAUGAAGACUGAGAAUGCCCUGCCGGCUUUACCUGUAAAUUCGAUGCGUGCGCUGCCGCAGUUGCCCGAGAUUCCGGAUUCGGUAUUAAAGGCGGACGAGGAUUGGUUGGAGAGCCCUAGUUCUAGCAACGCUAGCGGUAUAAGCAGCAGUUCAAUGCUUCCAGCAAAGUCAGCCGCUGCGGACGUGGCUGUCCAAAAUAUCAUGGUGCCCUUAGCGCCAGUGCCACCUACGCGUACGACAUUGUACUCAUCUCGGACCUCGCAGCACUCAGCAGGAGCUGAAAACUUUAUGUUAGCUGAACGGUCUUCGACACUCAUUACCGAAGAGCGAUCUACGAGUCCAUACAAGGUCGAGAUUCAACAACACGAGGAAAGUGCUCAAGGAUCGUACCAAGGUCACCCGGCCUUUUCACACUAUGAACACUUUAACAACAACGACAACAACGACAACAACGACAACAACGACAACAACGACAACAACGACAACAACGACAACAACGACAACAACAACGACAACGACAACGACAACGAAGACGAUCAGGAAGCGGAUGGCCACCAUGAUUCUCCUUACAUCAUCGACGAGAGCUGCGACGACGACUUCUUCCUGAACUCGGUCCUCCACAAGAAGAAGGCGCGGCCACAUCCACCACCGAUGUUGUCGACAGGAUGGCCAUCAUCGCCUUCGGCCUCGUCCUUCUCGUCCUUGUCAUCGUCGUCAAUGACAGGUUGGGGAAGGACCCCUUCGUUUUCGAACUCGUUCUCGAUCUCAAUUGCGUCGUCUUCUAGAGCUUCUUCGACGGUCCCCUCGCCGACGACACCCAUGUUCACGCCUGCGUCGAUGUCGACUUAUCAUGCUGGAUACUCUUCUGUGAUGAUCCAGUCGGGGCUGGAUGAAAAGAGGUCGCGAUUGAGUGAUGCUGUCAAGGAGUGGCGGAGAUCUACGAACGCGUCUUCAGGAUCCGUGAACUCGAUGCAUUCUUCUGGAUAGACCACAGUGCUUUAGAAGAAAAGGAUCAGGAUAUCUUUUGAUUGAUGCGUAUUAGCACUUAAUAAAAACAAAAGGUGGAAAGGCGAUUUUUUUUAAUUGUCAAACGAAUGAAUGUGAAAUCGACCUUUUC